UAUUAGCACUUGCAACACAUCUACACGGAAAGAAUAUAGACAAAGGAUUUAUCAGAAUCGAUAUGAGCGAGUUCCAGCAUAAGCAUGAUGUGUCGCGGUUCAUUGGGUCCCCGCCUGGAUAUGUGGGGUUUGAAGAGGGCGGACAGUUGACUGAGAAACUUAAAGACUGUCCGAACGCCAUUGUACUUUUGGAUGAAGUUGAAAAGGCGCAUCCUGAUGUGUUGACAAUCAUGCUUCAAUUGUUUGAUGAAGGCCGUAUUACUGACGGGAAAGGCACCACUGUGGAAUGCAAAGACGCUAUAUUUGUCAUGACAUCCAAUCUGGCACAACAUCAAAUUGCUGACGAAGCAGAAUUGUUACGUCUUGAAGCAACAACCGAUCACGACUCCCAAAGUACAGGAAUGAACAGUGAAGAUGCCAAACAAGCUCGCGUGGCAGCCGAUGAAGUGAAAUCCGAUUCAAAAGAUGGCGACAUCACAUUAUCAAGACGAUUUAUUGACCGGGUUAUUUAUCCCAUUCUAUAUGAUCAUUUUGGAAGAGACGAGUUUCUGGGACGCAUCAAUGAAGUUCUAUUCUUCUUGCCAUUCGAUCAAAAGGAAUUAAAGGAGAUUACAUCCAGAGAAUUGAUGCGAUGGGCGGAAAAGGCCAAAAAACGACACAAUAUCACAUUGACAUGGAGCCCUGAAGUUGUCGAUGUAUUGGUAGAAGGGUACAACAUACGCUACGGCGCUAGAAGUAUCAAGUAUGAAGUAGAACGCAAGGUUGUCAAUCAUGUCGCCAAAUUGAACGAAAACGACGAUGUCACUGAAGGUGGCCGUGUCCAUGUCACAGUUGAGGAAAAUGAAGCUGGCCGGCGAAUUAUCGUUACAGUCCCUGAUAGCGGCGGCGACAAGAAGUCCAGCGGAUGGUUCGGAAAGAAAUAGGUAUAGAAACCAUCGAAAUGUAGAACAAUGGAACAAUAGUACAAUCGGAGAUGGCCCCUGUGGUAUCUUGCAGAGUAAAAACUACUUUUUACUUCGCCAUAAGGUUAUCUUCCAUCCAAGAAGAGGUAAUAAAGAAGUGCUCCUAUGAAACCUCCAAUAAACGGUAUGAUGCUUGGUAUCCAAAAAUAAUAAUUGUUUGACGUAAAGACCUGUAGCCCCCAGC